UUAAGCUGCUUCGUGUCUUUAGUGCAGAAAUAGAACAAUAAGAAGUGGAACAGUGUCUAGAUGAAAGGUAUUACUGUUGCCAAAGCUGUUUAUUUUCUUGCAAAUGAAGAGAGACUGAACCGACUCGACUGGGGUGGUGUAUCCUUAAGUAAUAUCUGAUGAUACUUCACACGGAAGAAUGAGUAAAAGGAGGAGGAGGAACAGCCGCAGGAGGAAGAGUUCCUGCAGCAUGAAACAGACCAUCUCUUCAUACAGUUUUCAGAAAAACAUCAAGAGCUCGUCAGAUUAUGUGGUUAAAGAAGACCACACCACUGAAAAGGGAGAGUCGGACUCCUUUUGCAAAGAAAUCUUUUUGUCAGAUGACGAGGAAAAAGAGACUGAUAUUUCAAGCAGGGAGAAGGCAUUUGGAAAGGAAAGUGGCGGAUGUAAAAAGGAAAGGGCUAACAUUACAGUGCAAGUGGAUGAGGACAGGAAGCUAAGGAUCACACAUUCAGUGACCCUUAGUGAUUUUGGAAGGUCUCCACCAAACAUUGUAUUUCAGAGUCUGGAUGAGUUGACAGCAAGAGAAACAGCCAGCAUUGUGAUAGAAAUCACAGCAUCCGGGGUUAAAUACAUGAGCUCAGACGUGAGACUAGAGGUCAGUGAGAUCCAGUCAGUCAACUCUGAUGUCAAAACCUCUUUGGUUCUUCAAAAUGGAAAGGAAAAGGAGAGCCAAAAACCUCAAACGUCAAGCAGAGAGGGUUUCACGCAUCCGUAUUCAUGGAAUCACUAUUCAAGAAAAUAUAAGCAAAAUGACAAACUCUGUGAAAAUGUUGCAUUUAAAGCCAUGACAGAACUGAAGACAAAUGAAGAUUCAUCACGAAAUCCAAGCUCAUUAAGCAGCCAAGAAGAGAUAGACUGCUGUAAAAGCUGCUGCAAAGACCACUUCUGCAGACCGCACUCUGGUGGACACACAGACACUGAUUUCACACUGGUGGACGGAUCAUCUACUUGCUCUUCACCUUAUGGGUUCUGGUUGCCACGUAGAUGGUUAUCACAAGCUGACAGUCACAGCAGUGAGACUGUAUCUGAUAUUUCUCCACUACCCAGGUUUACAGAUAAAGAAAGUGAUGCACUACAGGACCUCACAGAGGACAUAGUGUCCUGUCAUAUAGAUGACAGUAAUGUGUUCAAAGAACUGGAGGGUCCUCAGCUUGAACCAGAAGCUUUAGAGUCAAAAAGUCAGUUUUCAAUAGCAAAGGCGGGUAAAACAGCUUGUACACAACCCUAUGAACUAGAUGUUCACAAACACGUCCUGAGAUCCUCUGCAUCAGUAAAUCACAACCAUAAAGAGAAUAUGCAAAUGCAUAACAACAGUUCCGAUUGGCAAUCAAGCGGUUACACAGACAUACUAAGAAAAAGGAGGACAACAUACCCAGGAGUGAGGUAUCACUCGGGUCACAAUGGAAAAAGCAAAACAUCAUACAGAGAGUCUUUUUCCUCUGGCACACUGUCCUCAUUCUUCAUGCAGUCCUUACUCUGUCAGGCAGAGAGAGCUGCUAGAUACCAUCUGAAAGAUGGGAAAGAAGGCAUUACUGAAAGAAAGAGAAACAAUUCCAUAAGCAGCACCAGUUCCCAAACAAACUCAUACUCAUUCUGCGGUGAUCACAACAUUGUCCCCAACAUCAAGUCAUACGGCUCAACGGAGACUCCAUUUUAUCCCUCGGACUCUGACAGGACAUCAGAUGUCUUUCCGAAUUGCAGACAUGAACAAGUAGAGCCAGCUGAGGAUCCUGAUCAGAUAAGUGUGUAUAAAGCUGAUAAGGAGAGUUCCUCAAUAGACCCACUGGAACAGAGCGAGGUAGCUGAAAGUGGCUUUGAUGAAGAGAUGAUGGAAGUGGAGAGUCCAGAAGCUCUAACUGAUGACAAUGUUCAUCAGAAGAAUCUGCUCAUCCAUGUGACCCCUCCUUCAGUUUGCAGCUCAGAAGAGCAAAUUACUGAUGCGUUCAACAGAGGAGCUAAAACACAAACACGUGAAAGGCAAGAGGCUGUUAGCAGCCAAAAAAAGCACAGCUCUAUAGUGACCGUUAUAGGGGGAUAUGAGCAGAGAUCUCUGCACAAUAACUCUGUGAGUGAACACAUUGUACAAAACCACCAAUCAGAAACAGAGCUAACUUCUGCUUCACUAAAAGUAUUGCCUGAGGUCCGGAAACAACAUGUAGAUGUGGAGGAACCCAAACAGCUCUCCUACACAGCAGGAAGGCGUCCCUCCUCACAAUCAGCUAAGGCCUGCAGCCAAACAGAAAAAUGUCUGAAGAAGACAGCCUCAACAAAAUUCAAGGAGCACCUGAAGCUGGGAGACAGCAUCCCUAAAGAAUCCGAAGAAACCUCGGACCGCUGGGCAAAGAAACGCAAGCUGUUCAAGGAGAGCAGACAAUGGGGUUCUGCAGAAGAGAGUUCAACUAGCAACAUCACUGACGAAUCAGACACAGUGAAUUCAGAGGACACCCGCUCAGUCGACAUGUCAAUCCAAAACAUUGAAGAAAGAGGUUUUUACACUGAGACGUUCCACUCAGCAUCCUGGAUUUAUCGGGGAGAUGAUGCCAAUCCAAAUGAAACUAUGAAAUGCCUUAGUAACCGUCCUCGACCUGUAGCAGUUCGUGAGCGAACUGUGAAAAUCAGCAAAGGAAUGGGAGAAUAUCCAUGGGGGUUCAGAAUUCAGUACUCCAAACCAAUUAUUGUGACAGAAGUUGACACAAAUGGAGCAGCAGAGGAGGCAGGGUUAAAAGUGGGAGACUACGUGCUGGCGGUUAAUGGUACUGAUGUCACUGGUGUGCCGCACUCAGAGGCAGUUGACCUCGCUCGGCAAGGCCCUGAUCUACUGAAUCUGACCAUUGGCUCAGACAUCGGUCGUACCCCAAACACCCCUAAGCCUGGGUGUCGAGGUUACCUGCACAAACGCACCCAGUCCAGUUUUCUGAAAGGUUGGAGGAAGAGGUGGUUUGUGCUCAGACAUGACUGCUGCCUUUACUACUACAGAAACAAGAGAGAUGAAGGAAAGAGCCAGGCUCUGGCUGCCAUGAGGAUGGAAGGUGCAGUGGUAGAGGCUGACACCAGUCUAGGGAAGCCAUUUGUGUUCAAAUGUUCCCCUGUGGCUGGAACUCGUGUUUAUUACUUCUGUGCUACGUCAAACCAAGAAAUGCGAAGGUGGUUGGAAGUUUUGGAACGAGCGGUUCACCCUAUUACGCAGAAUCACGUGUGGGUUGACGUGACACGCCACAACUCAAACCUCCCUCCUCUGGCUGUGAAGCACCCCGAGUGCCUCGGCCUUCUAAACUUACUGGACAAAAACAAGGACUCAUGGGUGCAACACUACUGUAUCCUAAAGGACGGGUGCCUUUACUUCUACGCUAGCAUACGGUCAACGUAUGCAGUUGGUGGGAUUUACCUGCAUGGCUAUACAGUGAGGGAACAACAUUUAGGAUUCAAGAGGUCCACUAUUGAGCUGAAACCCCCAUCAGAAGAGUUCAAAGUGUUUUACCUCUGUGCAGAAAAUGUCAAUGAAAACAAAAGGUGGAUCGGAGCGAUAAAGACAUCUAUAGGAAAAUGGCUGCCUUGGCAUCAGGCACUUCAAGACUACAUGAGUCGACCUCCUGAGGAAACCAAAAUGUAACUGUGGCUCGCGGUCCGGAUGUGGACAUGUGGAUGUGCAUGUGGAUGUUCCAGGAAAGUUUGUUUUUGAUUCCCACAACAUUCCGGGAGUUUCUGAACUUUUAUGUUUCACUUUUGUUCAGAAAAUGUAUAUUUUCUUUACAUUCUUGUACCAGCUAUUUGUUCCUUUUAGCAAAUGCUCUUCCUCUCUCUCUUCCUCUCUCUCUCUCUCUCACACACACACACGCACACACACACAUGUGCAUAUACACACGUGUACUGAAACAAACGCAAUGAAUAAACAGUUGCAAAUUUAUUACAAUUAGCCUACCUGCUAUUACAGGUGCUGUAUAAACAAACCCAGCUACAGUGGAUACUCCAGGUGUUGGAGACACACACACACACACACACACACACACACACACACACACACACACACACAGGCUGUCCAUAAACUGUCAACGGCAACAAUAGAAUGUAUUUGUAUAAUCUAGCUUCCCUUUGCUGGCACUACGAGGUCCAAACCUGAAGACAAGGCUAACUAAACCCAGAGAGGAAGAACCCGAGUGUCCUGCACAGAUCCCUGAACUCAACCCCAUGUUGAACACGUUUGGGAUGAACCAUCUGCCAUCUGCGCCUCAGGCCUCCUCACACAACAUCAGUGCCUGACCUCACUAAUGCUCUUGUGGCUGAAUGUGCAAAUCCCCACAGACACAUGACAAACUCUAGAUUGAAAGCCUUCCUAGAAAACUGAAGGUUAUUACAACAGCAAAGGGGGAAAAAAAACUGUUGGCCUGAGAGUGAAGUAGACUAGUGUUAUAAUGAAUGCAUAAUAAUAAAUGAUGCAGUAGGUGAAUCAUUUGUUGCACAUUAAUCUCCUUUGCUUUGAUUUUAAAUUCUGUUAUUACUAAUAAGAUUUAUCCUCUCAAACCCUGACCUGUCCCUCUGGCUGUGUCUUUUAAUUCUAGCUGUAUCUCUGUGCACUCGAGCAGCACUUUAGUACACUUUGUUCACUUUAGUUGUUGCAGGAGACGCUUCAGUGCUUAUCUUAUAUUUUUAUUGUGAAUUUUUAUACAAUUUUACUAUAUUGUAGAUUUUUUCUUUCACAGGUUUUUGUAUAUCAUUUUCUUUCAGCUUUAUUCCAUGUAAUAGUGUAUAAAUGAUUUGUAAUGAAAUAAAAGUUGUAAAUAGACAAGCA